AUGACCCCGAAUCUGAGACGCCUCGCAGGGCUGCCUUUAAUACGAUCCGACGCGUCCCGACGCUUUCAGAUCAAGCCAGAGGCGGGAACCGCUACCGCUCGUGCCUUGCCCCGGACGCUCAGUGGGGCGACGCACGCGUCGGGAAGUGACGAGGGCGCGCCCGUCCGCUCGCACUAUCGCGGCCACCGCUCAUCGAGACCGAUGGGUCACCGCAACCACUUUUUUAACUCAGGGAAGGAUUGCAAACAGACGGUUGUAUACAACAGUUCACCGGGACCGAGCAAAGGGUCACUGUCCUUAUCUGUGACGUCACCAUACACAAGA